AUGUAGCCGCUUCUCCGUAGCCAACAUGAAAACUUACUCAAAUGUUAUUCAUCGCCAUAAUCAAGAUGAUUGUGCUCGGAAUUUAAUACAUACAAAAUUACCUCUGUCAAGCGUGUAUGUUUGACCAGCGAACCGACAGUAAUGAAUAGAAACGUACGUUUGAUGGUACUGUAAAUGGGAUGUCUUCCAUAAUAAUAUUUUCACUCUAUUCCCAUCGUAAUCAACGGCUUAUAUUUUACAUUUACGUAUAAAAAAUGUUUUAUCCUCGAAAAUCUUACUUUUUCUUUCGACGAUAAUCGUUACCGAUAGAAGAAUGGCACGGCAAUUAAACUCCAGUCUCGUAACGGAUAACUACAAUUACCAACGAAUUUAAACGAUAAUAAUUGUCCAGCGAACAAGGACUUUUUCAAUGGCAUACUUUUGUAUUGUUAAAAAAAGAGGGAACAGGUAUCUGAAAACAUCAGAAAAGACCAGUGAAGAGCGCUUUACGGGAACGAUUAACGAUUCUGGCUCAACGACCUGUAGCGCCGUGCAUUGUUGCUCGGAAUUACCGACCGCCAAUUGCAAAGUCCGUUCCUAACUGACAAUUGCUCCACUUGCUUUAAACCAUUAGUACUCGCCAGUUAUCUUGUUGGCAAUACACUACAAUGAACAUCGUCGUCGUCAUAGUUGGCUAAAGUAAAUCUCAUCGUCUCUCGGUGGCGAUGAUUUCUCUCCCUUUCUCCAACAAUGCAUUCAUUUGUAAUUUGUAUAUACAUGUAUAUAAUAGCUGAAUACUUAAUCAAAUAAGGAAAUUGGUAAUUUUACUAAGAUUUCAGUAUUAUAUGACUAUGCUCGUGUUGCAUCACAGAUACGCGCAUGCUGGAGAUACGGUUAUACAGAUAUAGAGUAACUAUUGAAGUAGGUUACCGAACUGUAAGUUAUCGAACUUUAUUCAAAUUUAAACGCCGAACGUUUUGUUUGAAGACGACGAAAUCCCGUAUUUGCAGACAGGGGGAAGUUUCUUUUAGAAUGUCGAGAAGGAUGUUCCUGCUCGUGGUGAAAUUUCGCGAGAAUGCCUGCGGAAAUAAGCUUACAAACUUACUUUGUAUAUUAAAUAUAAGGAAUAAAAGAACCAACCGAUCAGAUUAGAAUCCAAAUCUGAAUUCAAAAUUCUUUUCUUGAUAUCCCGUGUUUACCAAGAUGUUGAGACUACUUUUAUUAGUAGCCAUUCUUGGUACAUCGGCAUUUGCCUAUAAUGGCGAUCUGGUGGAACAAGAGUGUCCUGUAGACUGUCAUUGUCAUUAUUUUCGCAUCAACUGGGUGACCGACUGCUCCGAAAGCAAUUUAACUAGCAUACCGAUUGACGAGCUCAGCCCGAACAUUUACGUUCUAGAUAUGAACGGUAAUAAUAUCGUACAGGUCGGUCCAUUUCCACAUUCGAUCAAGCUAAGGCGUCUUCAGAUGGCACAUAAUCGAUUGACUGAGCUCAAGUAUGAAUCUUUUGCUGGAUUAAAUUAUCUACUGGAGGCGGACUUUUCAUCAAACGCGAUCUCUCAUGUCGAUCCCGAGGCAUUUAGGGACAGUCCUGGUCUAAUUUCGCUGGAGCUUCAGAACAAUCCUUUGGGCGAGGUGGAAGGUCCCUUCUUAAAUUGUCGCACUCUGCUCUACCUCGAUCUGAACUCGUGUGGCAUCCAUCACUUGAAUACGGAAUUCUUUUACAAUACUACGAACCUAAAUAAACUCGACUUAUCCCAUAAUUCACUCGGACAGAUCAAACCCGGCCCAUUUGAUCACCUCACUAAUUUGGAAUAUCUGAAGUUAAACGCUUGCAACUUAACCCACAUCUCUCCAGAUGUGUUUGCACAUUUGGAAAACCUUCGAGAACUCGAAAUGGCGGAAAAUGAUCUACAUACAUUGAGCUGGACAAACGUAUUAGCACCUCUGAUUCGUCUUGAAUACUUAAACAUCAAAAAGACUAAUAUCACCAAUUUGCCAGGCGAUGCUUUUGCAAAGAAUUUGUACCUCAGGCAGUUGGUGCUUGCUAAUAACGAAUUGUGCCAUUUGGAUGUUGGAAACACGCUGGGCCAUAAUCUCCACAGUCUUCAAUCGUUAGAUUUAUCGAAUUGCAAUUUACAAGAUCGUCUAUCGGAAGAAGCUUUUAAAAACGCUAGCAAACUACGUGUAUUAAACUUGAGCAACAAUCCAAUGUUCGCUAAUGAAUUGACAGCCGUGUUGCGUCAUUUGCCAAAGCUUCACAAGCUUUCGUUAAGUAAUUGUAGCCUGCAACGUCUGCCUAAUACGUUCCACGUAUUCGAACACCUGGAGGAACUAGAUAUCUCGCAUAAUCCUUUGUCAGAUGCGUUUGGUAGUUUAUUAAAUCCACUGGAAUCAUUAGAAUAUUUAGAUAUGUCUUUUUGUAAUCUUGGUCAUCUUGGAAAUAACACAUUCGCUCAUAUGACUUCGCUAAAGAAAUUAAUAUUAUCCGGAAACAAGUUGCAUACCCUGGAAGAGGGAUUGUUCGCGAACUUGACGAGAUUGGAGAGUUUAGAACUGAACAACUGUGACCUGAAGACUCCCAUCGACCCCAAGGUGUUCGGCGACCGAGUCAGUACCGACAUUAUCGAACUCAAGCUCAGUGGAAACGCUCUGGAAGUACCCCAGGAUGGUCCCCUACUUCCAACACAAUUAUCCAAUCUCGAAAUGCUAGAUUUAAGUAACUGCAGCUUGGAACAUUUGAAUGAAAACCUCUUUUCUACAACUAGGAGUCUGACCCAAUUAAACUUAUCCAAUAACAGUAUUUCUGGCACGGAGAAUCUGGCCUCUCUGAAGAAGCUAGAAAUGCUGGAACACCUAGAUCUCAGCAACAACAGUUUGAAUUCUAUCUAUCCACGAGUAUUCAGGUCGAAUCCACGUCUGUUGUCGGUCAAUUUGCUGAGCAAUCCAUUCGUGUGCAAUUGCUUCAUCACGGAGAUGUGGGACUGGGCGAUACAGGUGAAGAACGAUCUGCACGUGCUAGUGGGCAGUCAGCCGGCGAAUUUCGAAACUGGUGGAGUGAAACUGAGAAAGAGUUUAUCUUGUACCUAUGACGACGAGACUUAUCGCAAAAUCAUGGAACAGGCGCGCACCAGCAGCGAGCCGCGACGUCCUAGAAAGGGUGACCUAACUCCCGCCCGUACCUGGGCGAAAUACGUCCGCGAGUCGAAUUGCGGUCGUAGUUCAUGAUAUAUAGCGAGCAAAUUUCAACAUCCGAUACUGAAUGUCUAUUACGACAAGACACACGGCAAACAGAAGAGCGAGUUGUAACGUAUCUUGAAACUGCGAGGUGUAUACGCACAUACACAUGCACAUAUGUAUAGCUAUGUACAAGAUGUGCUAUCGUCAAGUAAUUUAUCAAGAUUUUACUCCAAGGAAAGCUAACAACGUCAGCCAAGAUAGGAUUAAGGAGUGUUAGUAAUACGCGGGUGCCAGACGUCAGGAUGUUGAAAAAUUUUCUACGUGGAGUUUAGAAUAUGACCUCGUGUACGUUUCAUUUAAAUGGAAUCUGUAUUCAACCCUGUAUGGGCAUCGCCAUCUUCAUGGAAUCACGAUAAUACGGGAGAUGGUGAUCGAUCGUUCUUAGGUAGGAACGAUGACCAUCUCCGACAAACAACCCUCCUCUGUUCGAGGGAAACAUGUUUAUACGUUGAAACGGUAGUCGUAUUUUAUUGGAAAGUGGUGCAAUCCGUCUAGCGUCAGUUGGAAUGAUUAAUGCAACGAGGGGUGAUAAAGUAAAAAAAGAAAUAUUUAUCGAUCGCCUGAACAACGGAAGGUUCUCGAAUUAUCAAUCACCCUUUUGCCUCGAGUCUCCUUUGUGUUUCACCAACACUUUUUUCACAUUGAUGCCGGGAAUUAAUGGUCGAAAACCAGUCUAAGACCGUUCGUUGUUCCCAUGACAAUGGUGCCAUGUCUUUAAUUAAUCUCACUCAACGAUCGAACCAACCUUUACUCUCUUUUUCUUGCGAGAAGUUAAUAAUGUUGAACUGAAUUGACAAGUGUCGGAGCCUAGAACAAGAGAUUCAAAUGAAACGUGAACCUAAAAUAUCGAUUGAGUCAAGAGUAAGUAUCCAUAAUAAAAUCACAAAGUUCUACAAAGAAACCGAGCUUUUAGCUGUAUGAAACCGAACAUAGAUUCUAUUUAAACGCUGAUGAACGACGUGAAGUCAUUGUUAACAAUUACCAGGCCCUUACAUGCUCGUACAUACACUCUUACAUAUCUAUUGUUUUCGUAUUAUUAUAUGCGAGCGUGUGUUACGUAAGUACGAGUGUGGACAUCGCUAGGUAAUAUGAUCCGUUUAGAAACAAACUUAACUGUUCGAAUUAUUGACCCUCGACUAGAAACGCAGUGCAGUUGAGAUUAUACGCGAUUUUAUGUAUUCUUUUGACAUUUAUUAGUUUGUGCAAUCCAGUUCGCAGAGAAUUGUUAACAGAGUUCAAUCUGUAAUAAUUAUAGCUAUAUAACAUAGAUUAGAUCUAUAGCAAUUUUUUACUUUGUUAUUUCUGUUCGUAUUCUCUUCGGUAAUUAUAAUUAGAGACUACAGAAAGAACAUAAUCAGUAAUUCCAAAAUUCAAUAAUCAAUAUCAUGUUACCAAAACAUUAUCUGUCUUUAAGAGACAUAUCUUUUAAUUGAAUAUGUUACUUCCUCCUCUGUUACUUUUACCACCAAUGGACAACGAAAUUAUUCAAAAAGAUAAACUUAUUACGUUUUUUCCCGCGUCUCUUCAAUUGUUAAUUUAUUAUUCAUGCUUCAGUUUAAUGAUGCUAAAUUAUUUUUGCUUCGCUUUGCUAGUCGAGGAUCGAUCGGUGUUAUAAAAUUUAUCGUUUGUUAUCCUUUGUAUAUUUAAGUUAAAUCGUUAAACAUAUUUAUUUUAGACUAUAAUUGUCGCAAGUGACGUUACUUUUCACACUUGUUGCUAAUUUCCGAUUAACGACACACGCCAAGAGACAUUUGCUUCUUUUGAAGUUAAAUUACUUUGAUGUUUGCUUGCACGGAUGUAUACUUGUGCUUUCCGUAAUCAAACGCUAUCUUCCCGUUUCAAUGAAAAUGUGCAACAAUCUCAGUGUUCUCUGAUUCUCUGGCGGUGUCCAUGUAUAAACAAAUAUGAGGUACUCUUAGAGUACUCUCAUUUCCGGGCCAUUCUCCCUCAGAUCAGACAGUGACGAUUUGAGUCUAGUUUACAUACCAAGAUGACUAUUUCGUCGAAAAAGCACAUUGCUAGCAUACCUAGUACGAAAUCGAAUAAAAUAUAUGUGUAUAUUGGUCUAUAAGAGAAUAGGUAUGUAAGCGAGGUUUUUAAUCUUGCUGUCGCUUAAAUCAAGCAUGAGUAAAUUCAGGUGCCGAUACGAUUUCACUAUGUUCAUGAAAUGUAUAAGACUGUAUUUAAUAAAUGAGUCAUUUUUCUUGGUA